GGGAAAGUCGGUAGGAAAAAACAAUAAACCAAUUACCCACCCACCUUUCUCUCUUUCCUCUUUUCCUAUAUAUCACCCUUCUCCAACCAUACCAUUUUCCCCAAUUCACCCUUUCUUCUUUACCAUUCUCAUUUCAUUUCCAUUUUUCUAUUAACACCCCCUUUUCUUCUCUUCCUUUUCUUCUCAGAGGAAGAAGAAGAAGAAAAAACAAUUAAUCCUACUAGCAAAUAAUUCUUCUAAAGAUAAAUAAACCAAUUAAAACACCCUUUUCUUCUUCAUUUUCUCAUUCACCAUGGGAACCGAAGUUUUGCUACCACAAGAUUGUUUCAUUCAACGGAUCAGAGCACCGCCGGCGAGUUUUUACCGCCGAAAGCCUUACGGAAAUUGCCAUAAUAAUAAUAAUAGCAGUCAUUAUUAUGGUGCCACAAACUCCGGGAGGAGUAACCGGAAACCGGUGACUCGACCGGAGCAAAGAAAACGUAUUCCGCCGACGGAGAGAAGACAUAGCAACAGCUCCGAUGAUUUGAAGGUGGCGAGAGGUAGUGGUAUGAUGACGGAGAAGGUAACGAUUCUUCGGAGAGGUGAAUCGCUUGAUUCGUUGGUGAAGAGCGAUGGUUUGAAAAAGGAAGGUGAAGAUUUGGUUAUUAUCGGAACACAGAGACUUGGACCCGACCCGAAUAUGGUUCCUAAACAGAUCCGGAUCGUUGAUUUCAAAACCGGUUGUGAUGUUUACGCCGGAUCCGCUUUCGCGAUGUCUCCGUCGCCGAGCGCUCUUCCUAUUCCUUCUUUUCAGAGGAAGUUUGCGCCGGUUGCCGUUGAUGACUCCGCUACGCGGGAUCUAAGGCGUCUCCUCCGUAUUGCGUAAACCAAAUCGGGUCGUUUCCGGGUUUCGGGUUGGAUCCCUAAGGACCUUUCCGUCUUUUCCUCCUUUUUUUUUUGUCUCUCCUUAAUCUAGAAUCUUCUUAUUACCCGUUACGCCCCUCUUCCAUUUUUUGAAUUUUGAUCCGACCGUGAUUUUUUUAAACGGAAGGGUUGAAUUGAAAAAUGGGGAAAAAUUUGGGGUGAAAAUGUUAAUAAAAGAAGUUUGGAGUAGUGUUGUUGUAAGGUUAUGUAAGGACUUUUGUGGAGGUUGUUAAUUGGGUUGUUAUAAGGGGGUAAGAUUUAGGUUGUAAUAUCAAAAAAAAUUAGAAUGGGAAAAAAAUAAAUAAAAAGAAGAAAGGAUGGGAGGAAGUUGGGGGUUGAUCUGUAAAUUCCGGAAGUAUAUGUGUAUUUUGAAGUGAAAAAUGGGUUCUGCUCUCGUGAGAAAUUGCGAGUAUCUUUGUAGGUUUGUAAUACCCUUUUGUACUGUAAAGUUAACAAAAAUAAAUUAAUAGGGAAAUUUGGGCAGAUUCAGAUUA